GACCCACUUGGAAGUGUUUGCAGUCCACACUCUCAGGCAAAGCCAAGUCCAUAGUGAACUCUGUUUCCUCUGUUUUCCUUCUAUUCCUCUGCUCACUUCACAAGUCCCAUCCCCUCCACUUCUCCUCUUUUUCUACUGCAGAAGUGAAUGUGAGAUAGCAAGUGUAUAUCAUGGCAGAAUCGAAGGAGGCGUGGCCGGUGGGACUCAGGUUCAAACCGACGGAGGACGAGCUCGUCGCUCAUCACUUGACAAAAAAGCUCAGAGGAGAAAUGGGAACUACUUGCAUAAUUCCUGAGCUAUACAUCUACGACUGGGAGCCUCCGGAGUUAUUUACACGAUACAAUGAAUUGUCAUGUAUACCGUCGGAUGGAAGCGAGUGUUUCUUCUUUUGUCCCCGUGUUCGUAAGAGGAAGACCGCGUGCGGAUUUUGGAAAGAGACAAGUACCAAACGUGUUAUACAAGCAUCAGACACCGGUGAAGAGAUAGGGCUCAGGAGGAGCUUGGUUUACCACAAAGGUCGACAAAAAAAUGCACAUAGGACCAACUUGGGCAUACACGAAUAUCACCUAAACUCGAAUGUUUUCGAUAGUGAAAUUUCGGACCCGACGGCAUUGGUUCUCUGUCACAUAAUAAACAGAAAAAGUAAGAAAGCAAAGUCUGCAACAGCGAGUACUUCAACCGAUUUAAGCGGCCCUAGCAAUCUCUGUGAUUCCCAAAACGAAGGAACACAAGAAAUUAGUGCACAGGCAUCUCCUGAAGUUACCGUUGAAUUCUCGUAUCCGAACGAGAUGUCGAAUUUAAAUCUACCAGACCAGAAUGUGCCUAUUCCUGAUCAGCAGCCUCAAAUGAGCAAAGAGCAACGUUUGUCUCAUGACGAUCAUCGGCAUGUUGACGAACCUAGUGACGGACAUUGCUCUAUGCCAUAUUCUCCAAGCGGCUGUAUCAAUCUCGCGGAUCUCUUUUAACUUUUACGAGAGUACUGAUUAGUAUGCCAAACUAGAGUGAUAAUGCCAGUGUUUGAGGUCCUUUUAUAAAUGUUAAUCUCAUCCUUGCUUAUUAUAUCAGUGAUAAUGCUGUGUACCCACUAUGCUUAUCCGAGGAUAGGACAUUAUAUCAAUCUUGUACCCUUGUAUAUUGUAUUAUUAUUGCUUCCUUAUAUUUGAUGUAUUGAUCUUGAUUUUAUCUGCUCAA